CGUACGAGGGGUGACGCAGGCCCGGGACGUGCACCAUCAGUGAGCCUGCCAGGGCGACCUUGCGCUCCCUCGGUUUCCUGCCCCGCGGCCCGAGCGUCCACAGUGGAAGAGAUGGCGUUUGUGAAGAGUGGAUGGCUGCUUCGACAGAGUACUAUUUUGAAGCGAUGGAAGAAGAACUGGUUUGACCUGUGGUCAGAUGGUCACCUGAUCUACUAUGACGACCAGACUCGGCAGAGUAUCGAGGAUAAGGUCCACAUGCCCGUGGACUGCAUCAACAUCCGCACAGGCCAUGAGUGUCGAGACAUCCAACCUCCGGACGGGAGGCCAAGAGAUGGCCUCUUGCAGAUAGUUUGCCGCGAUGGGAAGACCAUCAGCCUCUGUGCAGAAAGCACCGACGACUGUCUGGCCUGGAAGUUUACACUGCAGGAUUCCCGAACAAACACAGCUUACAUUGGCUCUGCCAUGCUGUCCGAUGAGACUGCCGUGGCUGCCUCGCCCCCGCCGUACGCAGCCUACGCCGCCCCAACCCCGGAGCAGGUCUAUGGCUACGGUCCGUACAGUGGUGCGUACCCAGCAGGAACCCAGGUUGUCUAUGCAGCAAAUGGGCAGGCGUAUGCUGUGCCUUACCAGUACCCGUAUGCAGGACCUUACGUACAACAGCCUGCCAAUCAAGUCGUCAUCCGUGAGCGGUAUCGGGACAACGACAGUGACCUGGCGCUGGGCAUGCUUGCCGGAGCGGCCACAGGCAUGGCCUUGGGGUCUCUGUUCUGGGUCUUCUAGAGCUUCCGUGUUCUGUGUGCAUAGCUCUGGUAACCCAUGUGCAGUGACAUGAUUUGCAGGGCCAUUCUGUCUGUGACAAGUGUUUUAAUAAUAGUUUCCAUAGUUCUUUUGCAGAUGAUGAGUUGAUGAUUAUAACCAGUCUUUAUGUGAACCACAAAGAAGGGCUUAACUGUGCAGUUAGCUAAAACCUGGGCUUCUUCAGGAUACUGGCUCAUGCCAAGUCUUUCCUAGGGAACUCUUGGAAUACCUUAUUUGACAUUCUUGUCUUGAAAGGCAUUUUCUUUUCAGUGAGGUGUAGUUCUUAAUUUAACUCCCUUUCCCGUUAUGCUGGUAACAACAGUGAUGGAGAAGCGAGUGGCUGUGGCAGGAAAACGGCUUCUUUUGCUUGUACUCAGACUUGGAAACCUCACACCAGAGCCCCGGGAGCCAUGGGCUGGUAGGCUGCCAGGUGGCUUCUGUAGGGUGGUGGUGUGAGAGUCUUGGGAUCUGCCCUGUGGUGCCCCUUAGGCCCCCUGCAAGAUUGACUGCUUGGGAUGAUGGGGGACAGCCCUCACCCCUUAAAAAUGAUGCUUCAGAAAUCUGCCUGAUUGGAGAGCUUAUUCUCGUUCCCGUAUUUGCUUUCCAUAGUGAUAUGUAGAGAACAUCUCAAGUUAGGAAUUGACCUGAGCCUCAGAAGCCGUGCGCUUUACCUUUAAACCUUGAAGGAGGCGGAAUGGUGGCGUGAGGGUGGAGUGGUUGGCAUUUGCUCAGAGAUGUGUUUUUAGUGUUCACUUAUAUUUAUUGCCAGAAAAAUCUACGGAUGGGCUUAUUUUUUCUACUUGUUGAGAAAGUUGGUGAGUGGAAUGGGGAGAGCUUUAGUAAGAAUGUUCCGGCCUCAUGCCUUCUGGGGCCCACACUAUAUGAGGACACUUUCUUGUCCCUCGGGAGGCCUGUUCUGUGCAGAGACUGGGCCCUGUGGAUACCUGCUGAAUGCUGGGAUGGACCAUAGCUGUGGGGGAGACUUGGUUUCUGCCUGAGAAAUGGGUUGGGACCUGGGGACUUGGGAGACUUGAUCUAGAGAUCUCUCAUCCAGCCUGGACCACACCUUGUUUCUUUUCCCAACCUAGUCGUGGUAGAGAAGCGAAAACAUUCACUGUUGGGUCUCCAGAUAUGUGAAGUUCUGAAAAACCCUUAGUCCUGCUUUGCUGAUCUGUAUCAUAUUUUUCCCAUAUUAUAAAAUGCAUAUUUCAAGUAUUUGUAUUGCUGUUAUUUCAUGUUGUAAAGUCCUGGCUCCAGUUUUCCACCUGGCAUUUUCACGAAGGCAGCGCACGCGGUGAAGGCUGUGCCCUUAGCUCGGCGAGGUCCUGUUCCCCCGCUGCGCUCCCGGAGGUGCACGUUCCGUUGUGAUGGUGCCUGGCGGGACCCGCGCGCUCUCGUGCUGCGCGAGGGCUCUCUCUCAGUCUGCCCAAGGCUUUGGAUAAGUCACCGUUGAGAUGGUGCCAGGUGGAUUUAGUGAUGCCCACAGUCUGUCUAGCCACUCCUUGGGGCCUGAUGGGCGUGGCAGUGGCUAUUUCCCAUGGCAGGCGAGUACUUCUCAGUCAUCCUCGUGGGUAGGAAGGAGGUGUGACAACAUGGCACUGAUGGCUUAAAGAGUUACUUUAAUCACUGUGACAUUUUCAUGUCCUAUGUCAGUAGAAUGAUUUUUGCCCAGCUUGUAAUCAUUUUUAAAGCUGUGGUUUACUUACAACAUAUUAAAAAUCAGUUCUCAAUGUUGCACUGGGUGUGAAUCUUGAUUUUAGUUACUGAGUAACUGGGAUUCUGGGAACCACUGAGUUUUGACCAGAGCCCCUGGAGUACCGUUGAAGGAAAAGACCUCCCAGUGUCUCAUGUUGGCCCUGCCCAGUCCCUGACCCCCACGUGACCAUAGUUGAGCCUGGACAGUUCUUGUCACUAGUGACUUGGUUCUGGAACGACGUGUGUGAAAAUGGGCUCAGGUAUUUCGUUUCUCCAGCCCACCCUUUUGAUGCUCCGACCAUGUCCCUUUGUGGUUCGAGGUGCUUGGCCUGGGAGUUGCUGCUCGUUGGAGCUUGUGUGAACAUCUCCCUUCAGUGUGUGCUUUCCGUAGUGACUGCGGCCUGCGGGGGUGGCUGCCGACACUCUACUUACCAAUUGAUUGCUCUGCUCUUUCAGUUCUUUAACUUCAGAGCCUUGGCCAUGAAGUCAAGGGGGAGCCCGUGGUUGAGUCUCAGAUGGCUUGUCACACAGGCCAGGCCUUGCCUACCGCAGGCCGUCUGUGACCUCAGGUAGCCUCCUCACCAUGAGACGCUCCCGCCACUGAGACAGGAUGAUCCAGGUAUAUCCUGUGUAAUCUCACUUUGCUUUUUAGUUUGUGUAGACAAAAGGUAUAUAAUACUCAUUUUUCUCCCAAUUCAAUUAUUUUUGUGAUUGCUACAGCGUCUUUAGUAUUCUGUUGUGCCUACAGAGCCUGUUUUUUUCCUGUGCAAAGUGUAUGUUUAUAAGUGAAAAUGUUAAAACAUUAAAUGAUCAUUGACCUUAAA